AUGAAUACCUUUCUGGUGAGAUUAAAAGAGCAAGCGAAGUUUGGAGAACACAAAAGAAAAAAGCUCCAGGCAUUUUCGGACCUAUGUAUUGACGUAGCCCGUCAGAUCGACCAACUUCCUGGUCUCGGAUGUCUGAAUUACUCAAUCGCAAUUCGACCUAUCUUGAAUAGUUUGCCAGAAUACAUUCGCCGAAGAUGGGAGAAAAUAGUGGUAGAAUAUGCAGAAGAAAAUCACAAUGCUUAUCCAGAUUUUCAGGCUUUCGCUGACAUGAUAGAGAAACAAUCGUUACUACGCAACCAUCCAAACGUCACAGCCACGUUUGAAAGUAUGCGAAAGGAGCCACAUGGGGAUGCGAUUACAAAGUUUUGA